GCUGACGUGAACGCAGCACAGUGUGGACGGGGUCUUUGUUGUGAUUCCCACGCUGCAGCCGCUGUUUUGUCCUGGAUAGAAGACAGUCUGGCUCCACAAAGACAACCAGCUGGAGGAGUAUAAUCUGCCAUCAUGGUGAACCACGUUCAGCGAGUGGACGGCAGCUGGCAGGCGUGCAAGAGCGACUCAAGCGGGGCCAGCAACAGCGGCGGGGAGAGCUCCAAGGAGAGCUCCCGGAGCUCCACGCCGGUGCUGGAUGCAGACCGGUCGGACAGGCUGCGGGACAAGAUGCGCAGGAGGAUCGAGUCCGGGGACCGCUGGUUCUCUCUGGAAUUCUUUCCUCCCCGCACAGCCAGUGGAGCAGUCAACCUCAUCUCCAGAUUUGACCGCAUGGGCUCCGGAGGGCCCCUGUUCAUAGACAUCACCUGGCACCCAGCAGGGGACCCGGGCUCGGAUAAAGAAACCUCAUCCAUGAUGAUCGCCAGCACCGCCGUCAACUACUGUGGCCUGGAGAGCAUCCUGCACCUCACCUGCUGUAACCAGACCCGAGAGAAGAUCACCGGCUACCUGGCCAAAGCGAAACACCUGGGACUCAAGAACAUCAUGGCGCUGAGGGGAGACCCGGUGGGAGCAGACUGGGAGGAAGAGGAGGGCGGCUUCAACUACGCCAUCGACCUGGUGAAACACAUCCGAUCAGAGUUCGAUGACUACUUUGACAUCUGUGUUGCAGGAUACCCGACAGGCCACCCCGAGGCAGAGAGCUACGAGGACGAUCUCCGACACCUGAAGGAGAAGGUGGACGCCGGAGCAGACUUCGUCAUCACUCAGCUCUUCUUCAGAGUCGACACCUUUCUGAAGUUUCUGGACGACUGCAGAGCGAUCGGUAUAACGUGUCCCAUCCUACCUGGGAUCUUCCCCAUUCAGGGUUAUCAGUCUCUGCGUCAGCUCGUCAAGCUGUCGAAGCUCGAGGUUCCGCAGGAGAUCACCGAAGUCAUCGAGCCAAUCAAAGACAACGACGCCGCGAUCCGGAACUACGGCAUCCAGCAGGCGGUGGAGAUGUGCCGCGUGCUGCUGGACAGCGGGAAGGUGCCGGGCCUCCACUUCUACACGCUGAACAGAGAGGUGGCGCCCAUGGAGGUGCUGAGACAGCUGGGCCUGUGGAUAGAAGACCCCCGACGGCCUCUUCCCUGGGCCGUGAGCGCUCAUCCCAAACGGAAGGUAGAAGACGUUCGACCCAUCUUCUGGGCGUCCCGACCCAAGAGCUACAUCUACAGAACCCAGGACUGGGACGAGUUCCCCAACGGGAGAUGGGGGAACUCGUCGUCUCCAGCCUUCGGCGAGUUAAAUGACUACUACCUGUUCUACCUGAAGAGCAAAUCCUCCAAAGACGCUCUGCUGCAGAUGUGGGGCGAGGAGCUGAUGAGCGAAGAGAGCGUGUUUGAGGUGUUCACCAGCUACAUCACAGCACAGCCGAACCGCGGCGGACAAAAGGUGAUGUGUUUGCCGUGGAACGACGAGCCUCUGGCCCCGGAGACCAACCUGCUGAAGGACGAGCUGGAGAAAGUGAACAGACGAGGCGUCCUCACCAUAAACUCGCAGCCAAACAUCAACGGGAAACCGUCCACAGACCCCAUCGUGGGCUGGGGGCCCGCAGGAGGAUACGUCUUUCAGAAGGCGUACCUGGAGUUCUUCACCUCCAGUGAAAACGUCACGGCGCUCCUCAACGUGCUGAAGAAGUACGAGCCGCGUGUCAACUACCACAUCGUCAAUGUGCACGGCCGUAACCUCACCAACGCCCCGGACAUGCAGCCCAACGCCGUCACGUGGGGAAUCUUUCCGGGCAGAGAGAUCGUUCAGCCAACUGUAGCCGACCCGGUCAGCUUCAUGUACUGGAAGGACGAGGCGUUCGCCCUGUGGAUCGAGCAGUGGGCCAAACUCUAUGAGGACGAGUCACCUUCCCGGAUGAUCAUCAAGUACAUCCACGAUAACUACUUCCUGGUCAACCUGGUGGACAAUGACUUCCCCCUGGAGAACUGUCUGUGGCAGGUCAUCGACGACAUGUUUGAGCUGCUCGACGCCCCUCCAGAGCCGCCGAGUGACGGAGCCGUCUCCGAAUAAAAUCAUCUGGAACUUUUUAUAACCACACUGAAGAAGUGUCUAUGCAUUGUCUACAGAAAGCUGCUAACUUUCAACAGAGAUAACAGUAUUUUUAAAGACUUUUUUUUAUAAAUGUUUGUGAGUGAAUGGAAGAUGAACUGCACUGUCUCACUGGAACAGAAAUCCACUUGACAUCCUGUAGCACUCCUCCCUGAUUCUUGACCCUGGCUGUUGAGCUGUGUUAAGAAUGUCAUAACGGAUAAAUCAACAAAGACAAAAGAAAAAAACACCACAAAAUGAAUAUAUUAAAAGUUUUUAUUUUCAUGAAACAAAAUCCUUUAAAGGCUUUAUAUGUGAUUUUUCACACUUAAAUGUAAUAGAAAUCAAGUAUAUCCUCUGAAAAUAACUCUGUGAGUAAUGACUGUCUACAAUGGGUGUAACACCCGAGUCCCACUGUCUGUGAUGUUUUCAGAGUUUUCAGAGUCCUAUCUUCAGUUUG